AUGUUGGGUCGACUAUUAAGCACCGCCGCGUCAAGCUUGAACCCGGCCACCUAUUCUUCCUCUCGCAAUCACGGAACUCCCCUCGAAUCGGUCACCGAAGAGGAACAUACCUCCGGCCUUCUCUUCCCGGAUGCUAGCCUGCUCCGUCGUUCGAACACCCAUGCAUACACACUACAAACGACCUUUCACUCUCCCAAUGCCUCCGCUGCUGGUGCUUACGAUGACCGUGGGGGGAUGGAAUUGGAACCAUCCAAGGAUUUUCGGGUGAUUGUGGCACAGAAUGCCCUGGGUGACCGGGAUGCCUGCGUCUUGUUGGACACACGUGCCCCAUCCGAUUCUCCCCCCACUGGUCUCGGCAUCGACUCGCAGGGCCUCGAUCAAACUGGCUCCAGACAUACUCGUGCUGUCUCCAGUCUAUCUCGCGGCACUCGCCGAAAUAUCCAUACGCAAUCAUCCGUCGUCGAAUCGAGUCCCCUUGCUACCGCCGCUAGCGCACGGCGGGCCUCAACAGCCAGCGCCGGCGCUUUCUCCCGGGCCCGAGGCCGUAGCUCUACACUUACCCCCGGAGGAAAUUGGCACGAUAAUCCGAGACAUGGCACCGAUUCCAAUGACACUGGCUUGCUCAACUGCAUCUUCGGCAGCAGCGCGUUCAGCUACCGAGGUUCAUCCACAAAAAUGCACAUCAUCUCUGCUGACGAUGACCCUGGAACGUCAGCUAGCAUGUCCCCUGCCGGUCGAAGCCCUAUUGCUCGAGCUUACACCACUGGAAGUCCCUCUGGAAUGAUGGGAGCGGCUCGAGGCCCAGAUGGCAAACCGCCUGCCAAGGUCACCGUUUUAUUGACCCGGAUGUUUAGUGUCAAUCUUCCAGAAGGCCCCGAUGCUUCAGCCGACCGGCAGGAUUACGCCAAUGCUAUCUACCAGGAAUCUCUUCCCGAGAUGGGCUUCCCCUUUCCGGAUGUGGCAAAGCGGAAGAAAAUCAAGGAAAAGAAGACGCCCAUGUAUGCGGUUGCGAUUACGAUUCAAAUUCCCUUACUUGCACGCAGUAAUGCGGGAAGACCAGUAUCUCGAUUCAGCACCCUCGGUCUGGAUUCUUCUCGGAUUGGACUUUCUAGCUCUCUGGAUUCGGACUACCGUUGGCCCGGCGUACUUUUUGAUGAUAGCUUAUCAGCCGCUUCCCCUCCAGCGAGCUUAGACGAGCGUUUGGAUCUGCUGGUUGAUCAUUGGGAUGUGAUUACCCGCACAUUAUCCCACUUGGAGCGACUUGCCCGGAACGAGAUCCUUUUUUUGUUGCGAAAGGUCGAUUCCCUCGCUGGCUCCCACCCGAAACCUGCGAAACCUCCGAAUAUGCAGCGCACCAACCAGACCAUAGUUCAUUUGCCUGCCAACAUACUUGCAGUGAACUCCAAACUCAAGGAAGAGGCCAUUCGCAGUACGCGUCGCAUUAGCAUGGCUCUUCAAACCCCAUACGUCGUGACUGGCCAGAGUCGCUGGGGCGUGUGGCGAGAGGAAGGCCGUUCGAUUGUUCGGGGGCUUGGAGAUAAAGAAUCGAAUUUCUUCUUCUUGGUCUUGCUGACUGCAUUCCUGGGCAACCAUACAGAGUGGCUCAAUGCCCUUGGACCGGACUGGUACCGUCGCCGCCAUAAUCAGCAGCAAAAGGCUCAACAGGACUCUGAACCCAUCCUCACCCACCGAACUGUAGUCAUCUGCCCGGACAAGAUGACCGCCCGCCGUUUGAUUUUCCUACUCUCUGCAUUCUUCCCUUCCAAACAGCGAAUCGAUCCCCUGCCUUCGCCGCUUCGUCCCGGAACCUCGGCGUCCAUGCGUGCCGUUUCUCAAAGCCCCCCCGGCGGUGCCAGUCCUUCGUCAGGAAUCCCUUCGCAGGGCUAUUGA